GAUUAAAUAAUUGGAUCAGUUGAGUAAAAAAUGAAAGAAAAGGGAAAUAAGUGUGAUCUGAAACGUAUGGGUCUUUAUGUGUAAUUGUUGUGCUCUAUAUUUUUUAAUGUGUGGUAUUUGUCGUGUCUUCCGUGGUCGUGUGGCACCUCUCGUAUUUUUAUGUUGAAUGCGUGGUUUGUGCACUCGCAUAUGAUUUUUGUAUAGUUGUGUGGUAUUUGUUCAAUUUUUGCGGGCAAUGUGAUUUCUGAGUGGUGCGUGUAUACGUGGAAUCGUGCACAAGAAAUCUAUCGAUGUAUGAUCGGACAUUAAUUUGUCGUAAUAAUAUAUACAUAUGCUUGUACACAUAUACGUAAUUUCUUAGUUAAAUAGAGCCGCGAGGAGUUCCACCAGUGCGGUAUUUACCGGCACGUGUGCUGCAUGGAUUGGCUAUCAUCGUAUUUGCCUUCGUUAAUAUGAUUUUUAUCGCAAAAUUAGAGAUGUGGUUAACUAUACUUUUUCCUUUGUUACUUUUGUGUACAACGCGUCUCGAAGCAGACAAGAGGGUUAAUAAGUAUGUGACGACCUUAAUAGAUGCAAAAUGGAAGGAAACACCUUUGGCACUCGAGGCAGCAGAGUAUCUAAGUGAUGAAAAUCCCACCUAUUUUUGGAAAUUUGUAGAUACCUUUGCAAAUUACACUUUUGGAAAUGAGAAGGAUAACUAUGAUGUCAUUGUUGCAUUUGCUGAAGAGUAUUUAUCUCCCAUGGAAGUGGCAUUACUCAAAUUGGGAUUGUCUUUACGUAUUUAUUCAGCUCGAGUAGAAAUGUUUACCCAAAUGGCAGAAAACAAAAAUCUUUCCAACUUUGAUUGUUAUAAUGUAGUCGAUGUAGGUGGAAAAUAUACUUGUUCUGUAGAAGAAUUGGAACAGAUAAUCAGCCAAGAAACUUGGUCUAAUCCUGAUACUUACAGUGUAGACCAUCGUUAUCAUAUGUCCCAUCAAUCUGAAAAAGUUAUUAUAUUAUAUGGUCAAAUUGGAACACCAACAUUCACAGAUUUUCAUAAUAGAUUAAAACAUCUCGCUGAAAAUCAUGGUAUCACUUAUAUUUUGCGACAUUAUUUGAAGGACAGAGCAGAGAAAAACGUGCGUUUGUCAGGAUAUGGCGUGGAGUUACAAAUGAAGUCUACAGAAUAUAAAGCAACAGAUGAUUCAGAUAUUAAAGAUAAUACCGGGAAAGAUUCCGAAACGUCUAGCGAUAAUAUGGAAGAAAUAGAUGGAAUUAAUUUCGUAACUUUAAAAAAUUUGUAUCCCGAUAAGCACGAGGAGUUGGAUAAAUUACAGAUUCACUUGCUCGACUCCAGUCACGAAAUUGGCGCAUUGAAAGUGUGGCAGUUUCAAGAGUUAAGUCAUCAGGCAGCCGAGAGAAUUAUGAAUUCUCCUACGAAUGAGGCUAUAAAUGUUUUGACCGAUAUUUCUCAAAACUUUCCGAUGCAAGCAAAAUCUUUAAUUAGAACAAAAGUAAAUACCGAAAUGAAGAAGGAAAUGAAACUCAAUCAAGCAAUAUUUUCCGCUAGUUUGAAUAUACAACCCACGGAUACUGCACUCUUUAUUAACGGGUUGUUUUUCGAUUUGGAGGCUGUGGAUGUACUCGGUCUUCUCGAAUCGCUGAGAAGCGAAUUGAGAGUAAUGGAGUCUCUCCGUAAAAUCGGUUUUAGUAAUACAAAGAUGAGCAAAUUACUGGCGCUAGAUUUAUCCACUAAUAUGGAUAAGCAAGAGUUCGCGAUAGAUAUAAGAGAUUCGGCUGUAAUUUGGGUGAACGAUAUUGAACGGGAUUCAACUUAUUCUAGGUGGCCGUCGUCGUUAACAGAAUUGUUAAGGCCAACCUUUCCUGGAAUGCUUAGAAAUAUUCGAAGAAAUUUGUACAACUUGGUAUUGCUCAUCGAUCCACUAAGUGCAGAUUCCAACCCUGUAAUCACUCUAGCACAAUCUCUGUAUUUACAUGCAGCACCAUUGCGCGUUGGUUUUGUUUUCGUAACGAAUUACGACACCUCCAUAACUGGUCUAACGGAUGCCAGUGUCGCGGUGAAUAAUGCGUAUCAUUAUUUCGCGGAGACCAAAGGAUCGGAUCACGCCUUACAGUUUUUAAUAGACUUAGGAAAUUACAUCGGACCGGAUGGUCCCGACGUAAACGACGUGAAGAAAGCUAUAAGGGCGCAAGAUUCUUCGGCUAAUAUCAAUUACAUUCUUGGCGAGGAGUCCGAAUACGACAUAGGACGUCAUUUAGCUAGCGAUUUCGUGAAGCGAUCCGGGUUUAAGAAAUUCCCUCAAGCUUUGAUGAAUGGCAUUCCUUUGUCCUCCGACCAAUUGAACGCUAAUUCCUUCGAGGAAGCAGUUCUAUCUCCCAUCAUGUCGCAAACUCCUGCGCUACAGAAGGCGGUGUACCGCGGCGAGAUAAUGGAGGGAGACGAUGUGGUCGACUACAUUAUGAAUCAACCCAACGUUAUGCCACGUUUAAACGAGCGAAUAUUGAAAGCGGAGAAGCACACGUGGUUGAAUCUGAUCGGUACUGUACCCAACGACGAAGAUUAUACAAAAUGGAGUCCUCAAGAUUUAUCAACGUGGUUAAUGAAUAGACUGCGUUACGUGUUUGUACCUCGGCGUACGAGUGUUCACCAUUUAUACUCUUUUUGGGUGGUGACAAAUUUAAAUGAUCCAGCGGGCAGACAAUUGCUACGCGAGGCCCUUGAGUACAUAGAAUCGAAUGCCGAUGUCAGAGUUACGGUGAUUAUUAAUUCGCCGACUGAUGAAAAUGUCGACGGCACGAGCGACAUCAAUAAGAUAGUGUUGGCUGCCUUGAACGGUUUGCCUAUAGACAAAGUUAUGCGUUUCAUUCGUAAGGUGAUCCAGGAAGAUGUUGCUCGUCUUAUCGCCGACGGUAAAUUUGAUAUAGAAGAAGAAGGCGUGCGAGAAAACUUGAAAAAACAAGACGACGAAUUGUCGUUUCAUCGGGUGUAUGUUAAAACAGUGUUGAACUUGGAAAAAGGAGCUAGAGCGAUUGUAUGCAACGGAAGGUUAAUUGGUCCCCUAGAAAACAACGAAGAAUUCACGAGCGAAGAUUUUUCGUUAUUAGAAAGGUUUAGCCAAAACAGUUACGGCGAUAAAUUGUUCAACAAAUUAAUAAAAGGACAACUAUUCGAGGACGAUGAAUAUGAGAAAAACGAGAUCACAGAUGAUAUGAUCAUGAAGAUCACGUCCCUACUGGUAUCGCAUCCUCAAACGCGAAGUCGAUUCGACGUUCCUUUCCAUGGCGACGAUUACAGUGCCGUGAAGAUCCCAGCUGCAAAUCCCGACGAAGUCGUAUUCAAUUUGAUCGCCAUUGUAGAUCCUGUGUCUCGCGGCGCCCAAAGAUUGGGUCCUAUUUUGAGGACGUUACAGCAGUCGCUCAACUGCAACGUUAAAGUAUUUCUAAACUGUGUAGAGAAGAACAGCGACAUGGCUCUGAAAAGCUUUUAUCGGUUCGUCUUCGAACCUCAAUUACAAUUCACUGCCGACGGCUAUGUUAACGGUGCCAUGGCAAAAUUCACGAAGCUGCCGACUUCGUCCCUCUUGACGCAGUACAUUCAUGCCCCAGAAAAUUGGUUGGUAGAAGUAGUUAGAAGCGUUUACGACUUAGAUAAUAUUAAAUUGGACAAUGUUGCGAUGGGAGUGCAUAGCGAAUUCGAAUUGGAACAUUUGCUACUCGAAGGUCAUUGUUUCGAAGCAAUGAUCGGAAGUCCUCCUCGAGGGCUGCAAUUUACUUUAGGAACUGAGAGGCAGCCGUUGAUGGUGGACACUAUAGUGAUGGCAAACUUGGGAUAUUUUCAACUAAAAGCCAACCCUGGCGAAUGGGUGUUACGUCUCAGGCAAGGACGUUCGGCGGAAAUAUAUGAUUUCAAUACCGUCGGUGGGCAAGACGUUAUACAAAAUGGAAACGACGUUAAAGUUCUCAUAAGUUCACUGAGGAAUCACGUGUUAAAAGUAAAAGUCUCCAAAAAGCCUGACAAGGUUGGAAUGGACCUUCUAUCAGAGGAUGACGAGAAGAGCUCGGGCUUGUGGAACUCCAUUUCGAGGACAUUUACGACAACGGAGGACAACGACGAUCAGGAUGAGAAACUGAACAUCUUUUCCCUGGCCUCUGGUCAUUUGUACGAAAGAUUCCUGAAGAUUAUGAUGCUGAGCGUUAUUAAACAUACGAAGAGUCCCGUCAAAUUCUGGUUUUUGAAGAAUUACCUUUCGCCAACGUUAAAAGACUUUUUGCCGCACAUGGCAAAGGAGUAUGGUUUCGAGUACGAACUCGUGCAGUACAAGUGGCCUCGUUGGCUCCAUCAACAAACCGAGAAGCAGAGAACGAUAUGGGGUUAUAAAAUACUAUUUCUGGAUGUGCUUUUCCCUCUGAACGUUAAGAAGAUUAUAUUCGUCGACGCCGAUCAGGUGGUGAGAGCGGAUUUGAAAGAACUGGUAACGAUGGAUCUUGGCGGCGCUCCGUACGCGUACACACCGUUCUGCGAUAGCAGGAAGGAAAUGGACGGAUUCAGGUUUUGGAAGCAAGGCUAUUGGCGAAAUCAUUUGCAGGGCCGCGCUUAUCAUAUCAGCGCGUUGUACGUAGUGGACUUGAAACGAUUCCGACGCAUCGCUGCUGGAGAUAGACUGAGAGGGCAGUAUCAAGCGUUGAGUCAAGAUCCAAACAGCUUGUCCAAUCUCGAUCAAGAUCUGCCCAAUAACAUGAUUCAUCAAGUAGCUAUUAAAACGCUACCGCAGGAGUGGCUGUGGUGCGAAACUUGGUGCGACAAUAAUUCCAAGAAGUACGCCAAAACCAUAGAUUUGUGUAACAAUCCAAUGACCAAGGAAGCUAAACUACAAGCAGCGGUGCGUAUAUUGCCGGAGUGGGUGGGGUACGACGAAGAAAUAAAGGCUUUGCAGCAGAAAGUGGAAAACGAAAAUAGACAAACGGAGAAGGAAGAGCACGAGACGUUUAAAGAGGAGAGUACCACAGAAUCCGAGAAGCAUGAAGAGCUCUAAACGAGGUCGAUGCAAAGCGUAAAAAGGUAUUGCAAACAGUUCAGGUAACUGAAAAUGUUUAGAAAAAUUAAAUCAAUUUUCGAAGUUGCUCGUCAACGACGUUGCAACGUUGUUAUCUCGCGAGGUGCACCCGAAUAAAAACGCGCGUUUUCAAAAUUUCGUUAUCUAUUUAUAAUCGCCGUGCAAUUGGUUCUUUCCUUUUUUUUUUCAAAGUUUUAAACGUUCACUUGCCGAAAAAUAAUAAAAUAUUGACCAAUAACCGAAGAGGUCGGUGAGCAUUUUUCUACGGGACGAUAGUACGAAACGGAAAGAUAAACGUCGCCGAAGGAUCGAAUUUUACUCGAAUAGACGAUAAACGCAACUUUACCUGUAAUAUUGCAAACGAUUCGGUCAUUGAACACAUUAACCGAUAAUCGCAGUAUUAUAGUUGAUCGUGGACACGAAACAAUGUCUGUAAUGUGAACGCGAUUGUGAUUUUGUAUCGUCUACUUAAUACUUAUAAGAAAUAAAC